AUGUUGCACCUUGGUCCUUCCGGUUUGCUACUGCUGGCGAUGAGGAGUAGAACCACAAAAGGGUUCUCCAAAGAUCGGUUGUCCCCUCCACCUUUGCCUGUCGACACCACAACAAAACACCCCCUGAAGUCGUCGAUCUGCCUUGCCUCUUCACCUUUCGUGUUUUCAGCUGAUCGGACCAGAAAAGAACAGCCAAAAGGCCGUCGGAGAAGAUGGAUUCACGUCUCCACCUUGCUUCUUAAAUCUUCGCCGCCAGGAACAUCAUCUCCAUUGUGUAUAUGA